AUGCUUUUACCUAUAGAUCAUCUAGCGCCACCUGGCGGCAAUUUUAGAAACAUUAUUGUUUGUAAAUAAAAAGGAAGAAAUAUCAAAGGACCAGACGACAGUGCCGCAGGACGCGUCCGUUGCCACUCCGUUGACGCUACUCGGCCGGCCCUGUGGGUCCCAGCUGGUCCCCGCUCUCUUUCUCAGCGCAGCAUGCCCAGGCCCAAGCCGACGCUGGCGUACAGCGCGGGGGCGGGCAGCGCCGAGGCAGACGAGGUGCUGCUGGGACAGGCGCUGCGGCACGCCGAGCAGCACCUCAACGAGCCCGAGGACGAGGACCAGCGCGCGGCCGCCGUGGAGGAGCUGCGGCAGUGGCUGCACACGCAGCCGCAUCUCAACGCCCGCACCGAUGACUGGAGCCUCACCUGCUUCCUGAGGGGUUGCAAGUACAAGCAGGACCGCGCUCGGCGCAAGAUCACAAACUACUACGAAAUGCGGAGCAGAGUCCCGGAAUGGUUUCACCAACGGGAUCCAACUCUCCCUGCCUUAAUGGACCUUCUAAAGAUGGGGGUGUUUUUGCCACUGCGAAAGAAGGAUGCUGAAGGACGGACCAUUGUACUAAUAAGAGCGGCAAUUCACGAUCCCUAUAAGCACAAACAGUCCGAUGUCUUCAAAAUUGGCAAAAUGCUAGUCGAUCUGCUAUUAGAGACUGACGAAAUCAUGUCAAUUUAUGGAGUGUUUGCUGUUGUUGAUCUGAGUGGUGUAUCUCUAGGGCAUGCUUUACACCUUACCCCUCCUUUAAUUAAAAAAGCUGUCCAUGCAUGGCAGGACUGCUAUCCAGUCCGCACGAGGAGCAUGGACUUUAUAAAUGCACCAGUUUAUGUUAAUGUUGUUUUAAAUAUAUUCAGAAAAUUUAUGAAUGACAAACUAAAGAAAAGAGUCCAUGUGCAUGGAAAGAGUAUAAGCUCACUGCAUAAAGUAGUUUCUCCAUCAAUCCUUCCAGAAGAGUAUGGUGGCACUUGUGGAACUUUGCAGGAACUGAAAGAUUAUUGGCUCGAGUUUGCAGUGGGGAAACGUCAAUGGUUCCUAGAAAAUGAAAAGCACAAAGCUAAUUUGAAUAACAGCCAACAAUGAAAAUUUUGACUGCUACCAUUCCUUUAAGUUACAUACAAUUUCACUAACUCUAGUUCCUAGAAUGAAGCUAAAGAGAAAAACAAGAUUGUGAUUUAGACAUGUUUUUAAUGUAAUGAACUUGUUGCACAAAGGUUUAAACUAGUAUUUAUAUGUGAUAUUUUAAGAAUGUUUUGUAACAGAAUUGAAUGAAAAAAAAAUACAUGUAA